AUGGAACAAACUCAGCAGAAUGGCUCGUCUUCGAAUGGAAAAUCAAAACGUAUCCACUCCAUGAUAUCGAAACCGAUCCGGAACUCAUCCUGUACUAUCCCAAUCGAGCUUCUGGAAUUGGAUUACUCCUACGGCUACGACUGCAAGCGCUACUUUAACUUGUGUAAAGUGGACGAGAAUGUGCUAGUAUUUGCGUCGGGAAAUCUGAUACAUUUUUUUCACGUUGGAACCCGCACGGUCACGACACGCCGGAGCUCUACCGGUGGCGGCAUCGGAUGUAUUACCACCAAUCCGAGUGAAGAGUUUUCACAUCUGACCGUCGGUGAAAAUGGGCCCAAUCCGCCUAUCAUCAUCUACCAGUACCCGGAGAUGACGGUAGAGAGGAUUCUCACCGGCGGUACGACGGGCGGAUACUCUCGGAUCGACUAUACCGUCGAUGGGAAGCUGCUAAUUUCGCAGGGCAUCGAACCGGACUAUAUGCUGACGGUGUGGAACUGGUUGGAGGGGGAGAUAGUACUGCGAUGCAAGUCCUUCUCGAACGACGUGAUCAAUGUGAUGUUUUCACCGUCUGUUCCCGGGCACAUCACCACUUGUGGACUUGGGCAUAUCAAAUUCUGGAAGAUGUCACACACCUUCACCGGGUUGAAGCUCCAGGGCGAGCUGGGACGCUUCGGGAAGACGGAAAUAUCAGACAUCAUCGGUAUAUUGCCUUUGCCCGACGAGAAGGUUCUGUCGGGUUGCCAGUGGGGUAACAUUCUGGUAUGGGAAGCCGGUCUGAUCAAGCUAGAGGUGUGCCGGAAGGGAAGGAAACCGUGCCACGAGGGCUCCAUCACACAGCUGCACAUGCGCGCUGGUGAGGUAAUGACGGCCGGUUUGGAUGGAAAAAUAAAGAUCUGGUUCUGGGAGACGGUCGAGUUGGCCGACCCCCCGGACGACGAUCGCUUUGUGGAGAUCGAACCCAUCAUGGAGUUUCGCAUCGGGUCAGACCCGCACCAUCACAGCGAGCUGAUGUGUUUAGUUAACAAGCAGGGCGAUUACGAAUGGUACGCGCAGGAUGGCAACGGCUGUAUCUGGUUGUGUGAUCUCACACCGGCGCAUCACACCGAACCACCGCAGCAGCUGUUCAAGUGUCACGCUGGGGCUAUCGCCGCCGUUCAGGCUUCGCCGGUAUCCUCCCACGUGGCAACGCUCGGUGUUGACGGAAUGCUGUGCGUGUACGACUACGCCAAGCGGGAACUCCUACUGAGCCACCGGUUCCAGUGUGCCGGUAGAACAAUGCUUUGGCUCCCGCCGACACUCGAUCCAACCGGAGCCAUUUUGAUUCUCGGAUUCAGCGAUGGAUUUUUACGAGCCGUCGCACUAAACCUACACGAUGGUCACCUAUCCUACCCGGAGAAUCGAGUCAACUUGAUACAGGUACUGAAACCACACGCCCGGACCAUCACCGCGCUGGCCCUCAACAUCCGUGAGACGAUUCUGGUGUCCGGUGCGGAUGAUAAGACCAUCUUCGUGCACCGAUGUGUCCGUGGGACUCCACACGUGACAAUCGAACCCAUCGGACUCGUGUACACACCAUCUCCGGUGACAUCACUCGACUGGAAGCCAGGCUACGCUUCGAUCGCUCUGGUCGGCUGUCAACACGGUCAGCUACUCGAGGUAGAACUCCCGGAAUCGCCGGUCGACUAUACGACCAUAUCAUACCACCUGCGCCACGUCGAGAUCAAGCAGCUGACAUUCCAAUCGGUCAAGUCGGAGAUCAAACGAAACUUGCGCAUCGCGGACAUCGAGCGGCGCAAGCAGGAAAAGCGCGCACGGAAGCUGCAAACGCUGGAGAAGCUUCGCCAAGACGACCCACGGGCCGAAAUCAACGAAGUAGCGUUUCUAGCUGACUCGGACGGAGAGGAAGAGCUGGAACCGCUGUUCAUUCCGAAAAUACCAAACCCAAUUCUAUGGGCACGCUACACCGAAGAGGACACGCUGUGGCUCUCCAUGGGAGGCUACGACGCGGGAUACGUCUAUGAGUAUGGAUUCGACGAUGAAGACCCCAUCUCGUGCACACCGAUCCCGGAGGCGGAAGACGCGGAGCUGACGUGCUACCUGCGGGACACUCAUUACACAAUCUUUGGCACCAGCGAGGGCGCACUGCGGGUGACCAGGACGAAGGAGGAUUUCCGUGAUCUCGGUGACUACUGGACGCUGCCCAUGCACGACAACCGUACCGGACGCGUGACGGGAUUGGCGUUUAGCUACGACUAUUCGUACAUCUUCAGCACCGGUACCGAUGGAAACCUGUUUGCGUACCGUUGGUACGGUGAAGGAGAACCGUUUCAAGCCAUCCCGCCUAAGGCGUUGGAAAAAUCCGUCAAGCGUGUGUUCGACAUCGACGAGCAGAACUACCCAUCGCUGGAAGAGCAAAAGGCUCGCCAGGAGCGGGACCGGCUCGAACGGAUCGUCGCUGGGCGUAAGAACGAAGUGCUGGAGACCGUCGCAACAUACCGUAAGCAGUUUGAGGCUCUGCUCGAGCGCAACCGUUCGUUGCCGGAGUCGUACCGUAUUCCGGUGACGGACUUUGUCCUGGAUGAGCGCAUAACGGACGAUUUGCAAAGGCAGCUCGAGUCCGAAAUGGCUCUCGUCCACCGCCGGAUGGCGUUUGACGUCGAGAAAGUGCGCAUUACGGCGGGCAAGCUACAUCGCUUCUUUCUGAACCCGCUGGAGGGCUUCCCUAUCGAGGUGUUGGCCAUAAGCACCGGACAGUCAGUGAAAAGUUUUCGAAUCGAGAAGCUAGACGAUGACUAUUUCCAAACGCUUAAACAAGUGGAAAAAUUAGUAGAAGAAGAGGAAAAUCGUAGACGCCAAUUCAUUGAGUUAUGUAAAACUCCGGAGGACAGGCUUCCCGAAACAUCCACAGAUAAACGGAAGGAUCGCCGCAAAGACUCACAGCUGCAACGGAAGGAGUCGUUCCUUGAGGGUCUGUCCCAGUCAACCAUCGACUUUAAGCUCGAAAGUAAAAUGAGACGACUUUUAUCGAAGUAUCGGGAACGCAAAAACCAGGAAAUGAUUCGCCAACAGGAGUGGGAAGAACAUAAAGCGUCCAAACCGGAUCCGAACUUGAACGAUCCGGCCGACGAUCUGGCCAUCCGGGAGGCGGCCAGCUCAAUCGGAGACUACAAUCUGAAGAGUGACCCGGAGUAUGAGCCCAGCGAGGAGCAAGUGGAGACGACGACCGGCAAGUACCACGAGCUGUUGCGCGUCCGUCGGGAGAUGUUUACCUUACGCAACGAGUACAAUGAAAAAGUGUUUGCACUACGGGACAGAAAGGUGCAGUUGAGAUGUUACGUGGAAAAGCAGAAGGUCAAGCUGAGGGACAUUCAUGCAGAACUUCCGACGGACAAACGGAAGCAACUGCAGCGGGAAGUGGUGAUCGAUGUGGAACUGGAGUACGCCGAUGAGCAGUACAAGUUUGAAGAGGAUCGAACGCGAUUGGACACCGUCCCGCAAGAUCUGGUGCGGAAGAAGGGUGUUAAGGGAACACCAGAUUAUUAUGACUCAAUUCUCCAGGAAGCACUCGGUCUAAGCAGCGACGAACGGAUGACGGCCAAGCCAUUACCAGGGCAAAACAAACACGAACAAGAGUUAUGUGAGAUGAGGCUCGUGAGGAAACUUUUCAAGCAGGAUAAAAUUAUCGACAAAGUAGCACGGCGCAUCGCUGAAUUUGAUCGGGAGCUGGAAAAGUUGUCCCACGAACGGCUGGUGGUGGAGACGAACGCAAAGUUGCUGGAAAACUUCCAACUUACACUGUAUCAGGAACUGUGGAUACUGAAGGACUUUAGCAAGCUCGAGACGGACGUCUUGAAUGGCGUGGAACAAGUGACCAUCGAACGAAAUGGGUUGCUCCAGGCGGUACAGGACGCACGGGCAUCGAUUGAUCAGGUUGAACAAGAGAUCGAGCUGAUCCAGAGGGAGCAGCGUUCAAACCUACAGCGCUUCAACUCGAGCUGCCUGGACAACGAGUUCGCGAAGGUCAUGAAACGUAUCUACAAGAAGAAAUACAAGCCAUGUAAGAUCAACGACAACGAAUCCGACUCCUCCUCCGAGUACUCCUCGGAAGACAUCGAUGGGUUGGAAGUUGCGAACGACAGUGAGGUGAGCAAGGUGUUCCUUGAUCUCAACCAAUGCCCAUCCGGCUGCGAUCCGGACACGUACAAUCUGGCCAUACAACUACGUGACGAGAAGCUGGAUCUUCAGCGACGUCACUACGCGGAAGAUCGCUCCCUGCGCGAACUACACAAGACACUGGAGAACCUUAAGCCUCAGCUGGCCGACUCAGAGCUUCGUUUGGGGCAGAAGAAAGACGAGCUACUCGAACUACGCCGUGAGAAGCAACGGCGGCUGAACGACAUCGACACGCUAGUGAUCGUUAAGAUGGACCAGAUGCAGUACUUCCGCACGGAAACGGAGUUCCACGACGUGGAGCACAGUCUACUGUUCAACCGUGAGGCGCUGUUGAAGCUAUACGCUCGGGUUGACCAGCUGGCGGUUGAAACGCUCGAGACAAAGCGCAGGCAUCGGGUGAACGUCGUCCAUUUAGCGCGCAUGAAAACCGACAUCAAGUACAUGCGCCAGCAGCUAGUGACACUUCGGGAGGAGAUCAAUGAAACGAUGAUGAAGAAGUUUGGACGAGUGAUCGAUCUGGACGAGCUGGAAGAAACCAUCCUUCGUCAGUACACGUUCGAGAUGCGGGCCAAUCUAGACGACGUCAAGAAGAACUACGAUGAACGCACGAAGGAAUUGAAGAAAUUGUACGCAAAAAAACAAGAAGAGCUAAAGAAGGUCAUUCAGGAGGGAACGGAAAAGCUACACGUGCUCACCGUACUACAGGAGGAGUAUAAUAAUUUGGAGAAGGCGCUGGCUCACCAGAAACAGUUGCAAGAGAAGCGUGCCCAUCCUCCACCCACCUACUCGGAGGACCUCAGUAAGUUACGGGAAAUCGCCAAGAUUCAGAAAGAACAGAUAAACACCCUCCAGCGUGAGAUACGUACGCUGAGCAUGAAGUGUAAGCCACUGUCAGCCGAGAGUCCGGACGUGGAGAUCGCCAUCCCACCGCCAGUCUGCGGAAAACCGGUGCCCAUCCCAGAUGAGUCGGUGUACAACGCGGUAAUGGACUCCGCACCGCCGAGCACCAGGGCCAGCUCGCCGGAUAACUUCCUGUACAACGAAAUUUCCAGCCUUAUCGACGAUUUCCUCGUGGAGCAGCUAGGAUCGCGCGUCCUCCAGUCGGACAUCAAGCGAGUGGUGAACCAUCUGGCCCACUACCUGUCCAACAUUAUACACAACUUUGCCCCGGAACAUGCGAGCGACCUGCUGCCGCACAUUAUCGAGAACUUUAAAUCGUUCAUCCCGGAAGAGCUGCUGAUCACGAUCCCACCUCAGGCGAUCGCCGAGCUGAUCGAGAGCAUCUUCCGCACGUUCAAGGAGGGCUACGACAUCGACACCAAGGAAAUCUUGGGAGAGAUCGUCGGCAACAGUCUGGAGAUGAUAUUUCCCGCUUCGCAAAACUACUCCCACAACAUCCUGGUGGACAUUAUGAAGCAGGUGUUGGCCACCCUGCACAUCGCCGACAUCAACCAUCCGGAAACGAUCGAGUUCAUAGCGAACGGCAUCCGUCACAAGCCCGGCAUCGAUCCGGACGGCGUCGACGUGGCGAUGGUCAGCGAGGAGAUUCUACUGUACGCGCAGGAAAACACGGUCGACGAGGUCAGCCUGGAGCUGAUCAAGGGAGUAAUUCAGGGCAUUUUACAGUGCGUUCGUGAGCCAUGA